AUGGGCCCCUCCCAUCCUGCACUCCCACCCAUGGCCAAGCUCGGCCUGUUGUGGCUCCUUCUGACCCCAGCAGCCCCCCACACCCAAGCCGAGGAUCGCCUCUUCAAACACCUCUUCAGGGCUUACAACCGCUGGGCACGGCCAGUGCCCCACACCUCGGACGUGGUCAUCGUGCGUUUCGGGCUGUCCAUAGCCCAGCUCAUCGAUGUGGAUGAGAAGAACCAAAUGAUGACCACCAACGUCUGGCUAAAGCAGGAGUGGAGCGACCACAAGCUGCGCUGGAACCCGGCCGAGUUCGGCAACAUCACAUCCCUCCGAGUCCCCUCGGAGAUGAUCUGGAUCCCGGACAUUGUCCUCUACAACAAUGCAGAUGGGGCGUUUGUGGUGAACCACAUGACUAAGGCCCACCUCUUCUCCACGGGCACCGUGCACUGGGUGCCCCCGGCCAUCUACAAGAGCUCCUGCAGCAUCGACGUCACCUUCUUCCCCUUCGACCAGCAGAACUGCAAGAUGAAGUUCGGCUCCUGGUCGUACGACAAGGCCAAGAUCGACCUGCAGCCGAUGGAGCAGACGGUGGACCUGAAGGACUACUGGGAGAGUGGCGAGUGGGCCAUCGUCAACGCCACGGGCACCUACAACACCAAGAAGUACGACUGCUGCGCCGAGAUCUACCCCGACGUCACCUACUACUUUGUCAUCCGGCGCCUGCCCCUCUUCUACACCAUCAACCUCAUCAUCCCCUGCCUGCUCAUCUCCUUCCUGACCGUGCUCGUCUUCUACCUGCCCUCCGACUGCGGGGAGAAGAUCACCCUGUGCAUCUCCGUGCUGCUCUCGCUCACGGUCUUCCUCCUGCUCAUCACCGAGAUCAUCCCCUCCACCUCCCUGGUCAUCCCGCUCAUCGGCGAAUACCUGCUCUUCACCAUGAUCUUCGUCACCCUGUCCAUCGUCAUCACGGUCUUCGUCCUCAAUGUCCACCACCGCUCCCCCCGCACCCACAAUAUGCCCCACUGGGUGCGGGGGGCCUUUCUGAGCCGUGUGUCCCGGUGGCUACUGAUGAAACGGCCUCUGCCACCCUUGGAGCUCCAUGGCUCCCCAGAUCUGAAGCUCGACCCCUCCUAUUACUGGCUGGAGACCAACGUGGAUGCGCAGGAGAUGGAGGAGGAGGAGGAGGAGGAGGAGGAGGAGGACAGAUGGGUGUCAUCCUCCUCCAUGGAUGUCCUCUACAGCCAUGGUGGUCUGCACCAAAGGGUGUCCGGUCCCAAGGCGAAGGCCCCAUUGCAGAAGGGAGGGCUCCUGCUGUCACUUCGCAUGCAGAAGGCACUGGAAGGCGUGCACUAUAUUGCUGAUCACCUGCGGGCUGAGGACGCUGACUCUUCAGUCAAAGAAGACUGGAAGUACGUGGCCAUGGUCAUUGACAGGAUCUUCCUCUGGCUGUUCAUCAUCGUCUGCAUCCUGGGGACCGUGGGACUCUUUCUGCCCCCGCUCCUGGCUGGAAUGAUCUGAUUUCACGUCCCUGGCUUCCGCCCGAAGGCGGCACAGCUGACCGUUUUUGCUGCUGCCUCUAGAGUCCGCCUUUGGGGUCCCCAC